ACAGGGAAAUUUGUAACAGCCCCCAUCCACCCCACGCAAAAAUUUCUCUAAAAUUUCAAUUUCAAUUUCAAUUUCUCUGUGCUUCAAGAGAAAAAGAAAAUUAAAGUCUAAAGUUAGGGCAGUGCGUAUGUUGAUGUAUUAAUUGGCUUUGAUUUUCUGGUUUUUACUACAAUUUGGGUUUGAAUUUUGAUUUUGAUUUUGUUGUAAUGGAUGGACUGAUGAAAGAAAAUGGAGUCUGUAAGAAAUUACAGGAGCUAAAGCAUAUUCGUGUUCACAGAAUUUCAGCGGCUGCUUGGGAUUGUUUGUGUUUGGCCUUCGAUCUCUAACUGAGCUACAAGAACACUUAACUCGAUCAAUCGAAAGCAAAAAAAGAAAAAAACACUUCGAUUUUAACUUUUUUAUCGUGUUUUGAAAUUUCCGAUGAAGAGGCUCAGCAGCGGCGACUCUUUGGGUGCUUUGAUGUCGAUUUGCCCUAAUUCCACAGUGGGAGAUGAGGAUGGUAAUAAUCCGGCAGCGUAUGGGAGGGAGUUUCAGGCGAUGCUGGAGGAGGAGGAGGCGGCGGCCGGCGGCGGCGGGGAGAAGAAGCGGCGGCUGAGCGUGGAUCAGGUUCGGGCGUUGGAGAAGAAUUUUGAAGUUGAGAAUAAGCUUGAGCCGGAGAGGAAGGUGAAGCUGGCGCAGGAGCUGGGGCUGCAGCCGCGCCAGGUGGCGGUGUGGUUCCAGAACCGCCGUGCGCGGUGGAAGACGAAGCAGCUUGAAAAGGACUACGGCUUGCUCAAAGCCAGCUACGAUUCUCUCAAGCUCAGUUUCGAGAAAUUGCACCAUGACAAUCAGGCUUUGCUCAAACAGAUCGGGGAGAUGAAAUCGAAGCUGAAUGAGGAGGAGAGUGAGAAGCGUGUGAAAGAGGAAUCAGACACAGAAGAUGAACAUGAACAUGAGCAUGAUCAGAAUGAGCGUCAUCGUCAUCUGCAGAAAUCGAAUGUUGUUGUCGCCGGAACCCUAAUUUCGUCGGAGGACGAUGAUUCUCUAACAUUAGGACAGCAACAAGAGCAAGAACAGCAGCAGCAGCAGCAGCUACAGAUCAUUCCUAAUUCGAUAUUUUUCAGUGCAGCGGCGGCGGAUGGAUCGUCGGACAGCAGCGAUUCGAGUGCGAUUCUGAACGAGGAGAAUCACAGUAGCCAUAGCCCGACUACGGCGGCGGCGGCGGCGACGGCGUUCGGAACGACGCCGUUUCAGACUCACAGUAGUAAUAAUAAUUAUUGUAAUAAUAGUGGUCAAUUUGUAAAAAUUGAGGAGCACGAUUUCUUCGGGGAUGGGGAGGAGGAAUCUUGCAGUGGAUUGAUGUUCGCGGAGGAACAGGCCCCAACUUUGCAUUGGUAUUCUUCUGACGAAUGGAAUUGAUCUGAUCUGAUCUGAUCUGAAAUCAAAUUGUGGAUUAUUGUCCGUUUCUGCCAUGGAAGCUAUUGUAGGAAGGAAGAAUUAGGACAGAGAUAGACAAUUUUGCGUGGUAACUGGUAAGAGAGAGAGAGAGGAGAGAGAGAGCUUGAGAAGUUCAACAAUGGCGGCAGAGGCAGGGCAGAGGAGGGGGGCGGGGGGGGCAGACAAAAUAAAAUUUGAAAAAGGAAUGAAAUGAAUGUGGAUCGUUGGAUGAGUGAUGAAUGUCUGAGAUCUAAUCUUGGCAUCAAAUCAAAGAUGGGUGUGUGUGUGUGUGUGUGUGUGUUCGGAGUUCAGACAGACAUAGUUCACGUGGGGUGGGGUGGGGUGGGGUGGAGGUGGGGGUAGUGACGCAGACACUGACACAGUUGUUGUUGUUGUUGCUACAAUAAAGAUAGAUAGAGAAGAGAAGGCGGAUGUACCUGCAUCAUAAUCGUCAAUAUUGAAAUUUCACUUUUCAAUAAACAUCCAUCACUUAUAACUAUUUAAUUUAA